UACGAUCCGACGUAACGUGUCCCAUCACUAAAAAGUGUUGAGCAAAAAGGUCAAGGUUAAAACACAGUGGCCGAUGGGCUCGAAAAUUUGGAUGUGGAAAAACAUACCGGGCAUUUCAGGUCGAUGUAACGAUGUAGUUUAUACACGGCCGAAAUUGCAGUCAACACACGAUCUUCUUAUAUUUUUUGGCGGCGACGUCCAAGAUAUUCAAAAAAACAUGGAAAAGCAUUCAGACAGCAAGAAAUAUGCAAAAUGGAGCUUAGAAAAUACAGCGACUGUACUAUCUAAACAGUUUCCUGGAAGUCAUGUAUUUGUUAUUCGUCCAUCAAGGAUGACAAUAUCUAAACACGCAGUAUUCAGUUGUUUCGAUAAUUUUGUAUCAGGAGAUACAUAUGGCACACCCACAUUUUGCCCAAUGUACAAUGCUUUAAGGCAUUUAAAAGAUCUUAUUACUUGUUGCUUAGAACAUGUUAAAACAUUAAAGAUUGGAGAAGAUACUGAUAUCUAUAAUAUCGAAGUUACAAACUUAAGUUUGAUGGGCUUCAGUAAGGGAUGUGCAGUUUUGAAUCAGUUUCUUUAUGAAUUUCAUCAUUACGAUAAUGACUUGAAUAAUGAUCCCAAUAUAAAUAAUUUUAUCAAACUUAUCAAAGAUAUGUGGUGGUUAGAUGGCGGACACAAUGGUCCCAAAAAUACAUGGAUUACAAAUGAGGAUAUACUUCGUUCCUUUGCUAAAUUAAGAAUAAAUACUCACAUACAUGUAACGCCAUAUCAAAUGCAAGACAAACAUCGACCAUGGAUUCAGAUGGAAGAAAAGAGCUUCAAUGAUACCUUACAAAGGAUGGGAGUAUCUGUACAACAAACUUUACAUUUUGGAGAUAAAGCGCGAAGUCUCUCAUCGCAUUUCAAUGUUCUUACAGAUAUCAGAAGUAACAUGCAAUAAAACUAUCAUAUUCUUCUCUAAAUUUAUGGUAUAAUCGAGCAUUUGUGCUUGAAGUUGUAUUAUGAAUCAUAAAAUAGAUCGCAAUUCCUUUACAUCAUCAGGAUCAAAGUAAAAUAUAAAGUCAUGUAAAAAUUAUGAUCUUGUUAACAAUUAUUAUAAUUGAUAUUUCUGUAUUGCGAACUAUUUCAUAAUUUAUACAAAAUCUAUUUUCGCAAUGUACAUAUUGAUUAUUAUUUAUAUUUUAAUAAUACACUCUUAAUCUCUAGUCCUAUAAGUAAUAGAAAUCUGUUAAAUAUGAUAAACUGUAUAUUUACAUACAAUAUUCUUUACGUUGUACAAUUUUUUAUUAAAUAUAUUGUUUUGUUGCUUAUAUGAUAUGUAUAAUAUCUUUGAACAAUUACUAAUUAAAACUAAUAAAAACUAUAAA